AUGUAUUCCCCUGUAUCUUUUAGAAUAAACCGUGGCCCUACCAAAGGCUAUGAAGCAGAUGUUGGGACUAAAACGACUCAUCGAGUAAUGUAUCCGGAGAGUGCAUCUCAUUUGGACAACGCCACUAGUCUUGUGCUGUUUCCAUUCAAAAUGAAGGAUUUUCUGUGGCUCAUUGACGCCUUCAAACAAGGGAAAAACAGUGCCGUGAACUCAAAGAGGAGAGCAAACAAGGAUUUGGUGAUGAUCCUCAAUCCAGCUCUCAUGAAAUAUGUUCAUGACAUUUGGUUAGAAGAAAAGGGCCAUCAUCCAUCCUCUGGCUUUUUGACUUUGGCUCUCAGCAUGCAAAUAUGUGAUGAAAUUGAUAUGUUGAUGGCUGCAAUGCACCUAAAAUACGAUGAUGAAUUGGCAAGAAAGAAGAAAACUGCUAGGCAAUUGUUACGACCCGGCUCGGCAAGGGAAAAGGGAGUAACAUACAACCAGAUGUUUUAUGGUAAAUAA